GACAGAUUUCGCCCCCGACUUGGCUGCGGUGGUUGCGUGGUCCUCACGAACGUAUAAAAAGCCGCGACUAGGAACCGAGGCACUUCAGUCUUUUCAAAAAUAUCGUAAGGAUGGCUCUAGAACGUCAAGUGCGCGCUAAGAUUGCGGCAAAACGCAAUCCGGAGCAAGAGAAGGAGGCGCAGGAAUGGAUCGAGUCGAUCCUCGGCAAGAAGUUCCCUGCCGGUGAAUCGUUCGACGAUGUGCUCAAGGAUGGUCAGGUUUUGUGCCAUCUGAUGAACAAACUGUCUCCCGGAUCGGUACCAAAGGUCAACAGCAGCGGUGGACAGUUCAAGAUGAUGGAGAAUAUUAAUAUGUUCCAAAAGGCUCUAAAGGAUUACGGGGUGGAUGAUGUCGACGUUUUCCAAACGGUGGACUUGUGGGAGAAGAAAGACAUGGCGCAAGUAGUCACCACCUUGUUCGCGCUCGGUAGAACGACGUACAAGCAUGCCGAAUGGAAGGGCCCUUACCUAGGACCGAAACCAUCAGAGGAAUGCAAACGUGACUUCACGGAGGAACAAUUACGAGCCGGCGAAUCGGUGAUCGGUCUUCAGGCGGGUUCGAACAAGGGCGCGACUCAGGCCGGACAGAGUAUCGGUGCCACUCGCAAAAUCCUCCUUGGAAAGUAAAAUGAUCGAUGGACUAAAACAUAUCAGCGCAGCCGCCUCCCCUCACCCUCGUUUCCAUUCUUUAGAGCUAAAAUCCACGUACUUUUGUAUGUAUAUAAAUAUGCGUAUAUGUAUUUUACUUUACUUUACUUUACUUUUGUAAUUAAACGAUAAAUAGCUGCUAUUUAUUGAUAACGCCUUCUUAAUCUUAUUUCAUAAAGAUAGCCGCCGGUGGCACAUGUGGCAUCACAAUAAACUCUUUAAUCUGUUUAUAUUUAAUCAAGAAACUCGUCACUGUGUUAUAAUAAUCAUGCUUACAGUGAUAAAUCGAUUUUUAUAAUUAUGCGAGAUACCAUCGUUAUUUGAUCAACGCUCUUAUCUCUCCACGUCUUGAGAUUUCGCUCUCGAAAAAUGUACUGCGCCGAUGAUAGAUGCGCGCUCCGAAGCAACAAAAUAAUUGUUAACUAAAAGACUCGAAGAAUAAAGUAAGUUCUAUCCAUCCGUAA